AUGUCAGAAAUUGAAGUGGUGAAAGCCUCCAUCAAGUCCACUAACUUGUCGGAUGCAGAAGCAGAAAAACUUUCUUCAGUUAUUGAAUCUAUCCCUGAAAUUUUGAAGGGCUUGGAUAACCCAGAAUACGAUGAGAUAUACGGCUACAGAAUAAACGAAACAGACAAGGAACAUGUUAAUGAAAGUAUUAGAAACGAAAUUCUAUUGAAAUUCUUGAUAGCUGAUGGUUAUGACAUCGACCUAUGCAAAGAACGACUCUCCAAUACCCUAAAUUGGCGUAGUAGCUUUCAACCAUUGAGUGCAGCAUUUGAAGAGAAGUUUGAUGCAGAGUUGAAUGCUUUGGGAGUUAUUACCAAUUUUCAAAAUGUGAGUCAAGACAAUCUAUACAGUGCAACUUGGAAUCUCUAUGGAAAUUUAAAGGAUCCGAAGAAGAUUUUCAAGAAAUUCGGAGAUAAUCAAAACAAAGAAUUACCUGGCAGUCAGUUCCUUAGAUGGAGAGUUGGAUUGAUGGAAAGAUCUCUUCAAUUAGUGGAUUUCAGUGACUCCAAGCACAAUAAAAUUGCUCAAAUUCAUGAUUACAAAAAUGUGUCAAUGUUUAGAAUUGAUCCCGACAUGAAAGUAGCUACUAAACAAAUCAUCGAGAUUUUUGGAGCCAACUAUCCUGAAUUGCUAUCCACCAAAUUUUUUGUAAAUGUUCCACAAAUCAUGGGCUGGGUAUUUACUUUCUUUAAAGCAAUUCAUGUGAUAGAUGCUGCAACCUUAAAGAAGUUUCAGGUGUUGAGCCACGGAGAUUUACUGUCGUGGUUUGGUUCCAAUAACCUACCAAAGGAAUAUGGAGGCCAGCUCUCUAAAGAUUUAUUUGCCUUAGAUGUGACAAACAUAAAAAUGACCGAGUAUGCUGAAGUCAUUUUGAAGAAGAUUGUUGAUGAAGAAAUUGCUCAAAACAACCUCGAGGUUGAGUAA